AUCAUUUCAAUAUCUUUGGGUGAUAGGUCAUCGAAUCGUUGUUUCGGUCAUAGCUUGAUGCAUUAAACGACAAUUGUUUUACGAAAGAUUCUUCUGUACGAUUUCUACGUCAAUUCAUAAACUGUAACAAAAUGAAACCUACUCUUGUAGCAGAUGAAAUGUUCCCAGAAGGUGCUGGAUCUUACAUCGAGUUAGAAGAGGUCGGGGGUAGUCGUUUAUUGGUUGAUUUAACUGCAAGUGAAAAGGCAGUGCACGCGGAGUUUUUCAAUGAUUUUGAUGAUUUAUACGACGACGAUGAUCUUGAAUAAAAUUUCAUAAUUUUAGUAAUGGCAAUGAUUGCACUAGUUACAAUAAUAAAAGGAAGAGAAACAACUUAUGAAACUUUUCAAUACAAAAUAUUUUCAGAUAUAUAGAAAUUGAAGUAAAAAACACGAGACAUUUGUUUUUAUAAUUGCUUAUGAUAAAUCUAUCUUCAUCUUUUAUUUGAACUGACCAGAUAACAAUAACAGAUUUACAUAAUACAUAUACGUGAUCGUUAUAAACAAUUAUAAAAACUAGAAUUAAAAUAAUUUCCCUUAUAUUAUAUAUCUAUAAAUUGUGUUCUGCUAUAUCAAUUUAUAGCCAAAAGUCAAGCAACAAAAGUGUGUCCAUUAAGUGUGUGAGAAAGCAAUUAAAUACAUAAAGGUAAAGAAAAUUGAUAUACACAGUGCGAUAACAUUAUUACAAUUUAUUAUUUUUAGUUCGAAAUUGAAUCGAAUGUGCGCCCGUUUAUCCAGAAUACCAUUUUAUCUCGGUAUAUUAGCUCGGGCGAUAUUAAUUAUAAACGUGCCAUAAGAAAAUGAGUACUGGUCAUAAUGUCUCGUACACAUUAAUAUCGAUAUCAUUGUAAAGAUUAUAAUUUACAAUACAUAGAUGCUAGUCAUAUAAA